UUUUUUUUUUUUAUUUUAUUCCCUGAACAUAUUUUGUUUAUUGCUUUUGACCAAAGUAUCUUCUUUCACUUACUCAUUCAAUAGUUAUUCUUUCCAUUUUAAUUGUGGAUUAGAUAUUAUUUUUACUCUUUUUCCUUUACUAUUUCUCUUUUCUUUCCUUUUUUGGUAUAUCUUCAAACUUGUAUCUUGGAAAAUAUCCGGCUCAACGAACAAUAACGUCGACACUAUAGUAUAUCAUUUUAGAACCAUGACUUCUGAUAGAAGAAGAACUCUACGCUUAACUGUUAUUGCUGCUGAUGGACUUUUGAAAAACAAUCUUUUUUUCAAAUUACCAGACCCUUUUGCGGUAGUGACGGUGGAUGGUGAGCAAACUCAUACUACAACUGUUAUGAAGAAAACACUCAACCCUUAUUGGAAUGAAAGUUUCGACUUACAAGUGACCAAAGAUAGUAUUAUUGCCAUUCAAGUAUUUGAUCAAAAGAAAUUCAAGAAAAGAGAUCAAGGCUUUCUAGGUGUGAUCAAUAUUAAAGUGAAAAAUGUAUUUGAUCUUCAAGUAGGUGGUGAUGAAGUACUUACUCUUGACUUAAAACCGUCCAAUACCAAUGAUAUGAUCUAUGGCAAGAUUAUCCUGAAUUUGUCCACCAAUUCUAAUGCAUCAGCUCGGAAUAGAACUACAAGUGAUUCGGUAUCAGAAGCCAACAAUACCUCUUCAACAUCAAAUUCAUUAAUGCCAUCAUCCUCAUCACCGACUGGAUCUUCUUCACAUCAUCCACCUUCUGGUUCAAAUACCGCAAGUCAUACAAAUACUGACUUACCAAAUGGGUGGGAAGAACGAGUAGAUCAUCUUGGUAGAACUUAUUAUGUAGAUCACAAUAACCGAACGACUACAUGGAAACGACCAACUAAGCCUAAUGGACAACAAAGACAAGUCACUGAAUUAGAAAGACGUCGACACAAUACUCGUGGUUUACCAGAAGAUCAAAUUCCAGCAACUGACCAACAUCUAAUUCGAUCUCAUAAUGCUCAGCCAACGCCAGUUUUACGUUUAUCAUCACAUGAUACACCUCAGAAUAGCCUGGAACUACAAAAUAAUAUGACAAUGGCAGGAUCGGGACCAUUACCAACUGGUUGGGAAAUGCGUACAGCAUCAGAAGGUCGGCCUUAUUUUGUGGAUCAUAAUACUCGUACAACAACUUGGGUUGAUCCUAGAAGACAACAAUAUAUUAGUACUAUUGGACCCGGUUCAAAUGUUCAAGUACAAUUACAAUCCGUAUCUUCCUUGGGACCUCUUCCGUCAGGAUGGGAAAUGCGCUUGACAUCUACUGGACGAGUAUACUUUGUGGAUCACAAUACUAAAACAACAACUUGGGAUGAUCCUCGUUUACCAAGUAGUCUCGAUAAGAAUGUACCUCAAUACAAACGUGAUUUUCGGCGCAAAUUGAUAUAUUUUAGAUCACAACCUGCAUUACGACCUAUUCCUGGACAAUGUCAUAUCAAGAUUCGACGAGAACAUCUAUUUGAAGAUUCAUUUGCUGAAAUCAUGCGACAUUCUCCUGCUGAUUUGAAAAAACGCUUGAUGUUUCGAUUCGAAGGCGAAGAUGGUUUGGACUAUGGUGGUGUAUCAAGGGAGUUUUUCUUUUUAUUGUCACAUGAAAUGUUCAAUCCGUUUUAUUGUUUGUUUGAAUAUUCCGCACAUGAUAAUUAUACCCUACAAAUCAAUCCUCAUUCUGGAAUCAAUCCUGAACACUUGAACUAUUUCAAAUUCAUUGGUCGUGUAGUUGGAUUGUCUAUAUUUCAUCGUCGAUUCUUGGAUGCCUUCUUUAUUGUAUCAUUCUACAAGAUGCUUCUCUCGAAGAAGGUGACUGUUGCUGAUAUGGAAAGUGUGGAUGCCGAAUUCCAUCGAAGUUUAAUGUGGAUAUUGGAUAAUGAUAUUACUGAUAUUUUGGAGCUUACUUUCUCAACAGAUGAUAAUCGAUUUGGUGAAGUGGUAACAGUAGAUCUUAAGCCUGAUGGUCGCAAUAUCGAAGUAACAGAGGAAAACAAAAAAGAAUAUGUUGCAUUGGUAACAGAAUGGCGUAUAUCAAAACGUGUCGAAGAACAAUUCAAUGCAUUCAAGGAAGGAUUCAAUCAGCUGGUCCCUCAAGAUUUGAUUAACGUAUUUGAUGAACGUGAAUUGGAAUUACUCGUAGGUGGUAUUGCAGAAAUCGACGUGGAUGAUUGGAAAAAACAUACUGACUAUCGUGGAUAUACUGAACAAGAUGAUGUCAUUAAAUGGUUUUGGAAAUGUGUACGAUCUUGGGAUAAUGAAAAGAAAUCAAGGUUACUUCAGUUUACAACAGGUACUUCACGUAUUCCAGUCAAUGGUUUCAAAGAUUUACAAGGCAGCGAUGGUCCAAGACGAUUUACUAUUGAAAAAUCAGGUGAAAAAGAAGGAUUACCAAAAGCUCACACAUGUUUCAAUCGACUUAGUUUACCUGGUUACGUAUCCAGUGAAUUGUUAGUGGCCAAACUUUCUCUUGCAGUAGAGGAAACAAUGGGUUUUGGACAAGAAUGAUUAGCAGUUUUAAUUUAAGCAUAAAGACUUUUUAUAUAAUAAAAAAUAUUUUUUUCAGUGUUUUCAAA